AUGGAAACAGAGGAAUCCGCCACCGCCGCCACCGAUAACGGCGGAGGCGUCUCUAAGGAGGAGCCUGCGUGUAUCUCCUCUAUAAUUCCCGGAUGGUUCUCCGAGAUGCGUCCCACGUGGCCAGGAGAGGCACACUCUGUGAAAGUACAGAAAAUCCUAUUCCAAGGAAAAUCUUAUUACCAAGAUGUGAUUGUUUUCCAGUCUGCAACAUAUGGACAAGUUUUGGUUUUGGACAGAGUGAUUCAACUCACAGAAAGAGACGAGCGUGCGUAUCAAGAAAUGAUCACUCACCUUCCCUUGUGCUCCAUCUCCAACCCUAAAAAGGUGAAGGAGGAGAUGGAGGAGUCCUCCGAGAAGUGGCACGCCAUAGCAACAGAGAAGCUUUGUCGAGUGACGCGUGAUCGUUCCAAGAUCAGAGGUGCAAGUAAAGUUUGGAACUUUGGAGUAUUCUGCUCUGCAUUGCUCAGCUAA